CCUCCUCCCCGUCCCGCAACGCCCGCUCCCCUGGGGCCGGUACCUGUGCUGUGCUCACAUCCGCAGCUCCGGGAUGCGGGUGCUGCCUGUCACCCGCUUUCAGCAUGGGUUCUGCGACGCUGGGUGACACGGCAGAAACACGUACAGUAUUGAGGUCAUGCUCAGCGCUGUGGGCAGGGGGAUGGGAAUUCGUUAGCAGCACCGUGUCUCUUUUAAUCAAGAGGCAGGUGAUGCUUCUCCUUGGGUCCGAGGACGAGGUGGGUGAUGGAAGUCGCUGCAGGGGCACACCGUGAGCAGAGAGAGAAGACGGCGCUGGUGAUGUUUGAAAGCAGGUUGCGUUAGGAAGAGACUGCAAUGCCAGCAUCCCAGCCACGGUCCAGGGCAAGAGACAGGAACAAUGUCCUCAACAGGGCUGAGUUCCUCUCCCUCAAUCAGCCCUUGAAAGGGAACCAGGAGAGCAGGAGCUCCGGCAGAAAGCAGAGCGGCCAGGCCGGGGCAGCCGGUGCCCAGCACAGCAACCCCAAGGAGCGGAGGCAGUCGCAGCAGCUGCCUGAAGAGGACUGCAUGCAGCUCAACCCCUCCUUCAAGGGAAUCGCCUUCAGCUCCCUGCUGGCCAUUGACAUCUGCAUGUCCAAGAGGCUGGGAGUGUGUGCCAACAGAGCCUCCUCCUGGGGUGGUGCCCGCUCCAUGAUUAACCUCCUGGGGAUAACGGGGCACGGCAUCCCCUGGAUUGCGGGUACGCUCAUCUGCCUGGUGAAGAGCAGCACGCUGGCAGGCCAAGAGGUCCUCAUGAACCUGCUGCUAGCCCUGCUCCUGGACAUCAUGAUCGUGGCUGGUUUGCAGAAGCUGGCCAAGCGGAAGGGCCCAUACGACAUCCACCCUGGCUUGUUGGACUACUUGACCAUGGACACCUACGCUUUUCCAGCCGGGCACGCCAGCCGAGCAGCCAUGCUCUCCAAGUUCUUCCUCAACCACCUGGUCUUGGCCAUCCCUCUCCGGAUCCUGCUGGUCCUCUGGGCCCUCUGUGUGGGCUUUUCCCGCGUCAUGAUCGGACGGCACCACAUCACAGAUGUCCUGUCUGGCUUUGUUUUUGGCUACUUACAGUUCAGGCUGGUGGAGUUGAUAUGGAUGUCUUCCAACACAUGUCAGAUGUUGAUAUCCAUCUGGUGAACGUGGGGGACUUGACGCCUUUCCGCUGGAAACUAGCAGAUACUUUAAGAGCCUCCCUCCCAGUAUUUUCUACGUGUUGUUUGUUGGAAGCAGUUGUAACUUCCAUGAGUAGUGGCGUUUUUUAAUGUUGCUUCCCCUCCUGAAAGAAAAAAAAAAAAGUUUCUUGCAGUGGAUUGGGUUUUAGCAAUCAAGGGCCAUACCUGUGUUUUGGCCAUAUUCUCAAACUGUGUUUGCACAGCAACCUAAUUAAGCUUUACGGGUGAGAGAAAUAAGCUACAUGUCUGCCUAGUUUGGGUGGUUCACUUCGGCACCUUGAUA